AGAUAAUUCAGUAGCACAAUAGCUUUGACUGAUGCUUGAAUGGCUAGAUGGGGAGCCUGCUAAUUACACAUGAAAAGCUUUCCUUGGCAUUCAGUUUAUUUACUUUAAUUCAAUUUGGUUGCUUCUUUUUCAUAAUCACCUAAUAUUUGUAAUGACAUGUUCACAGCAUUGUUAUUUUUAAUUUCUAUAGUCUUUUUGUCAGUAAUUCUGUUGUAAAUUGCUUGAUACGUGAACUAAAUUUAUUACAUGUUUUUGCAGCACAAUAAUAGUAAAAGACAUGCCUUCCAUCCUACAAACCAACCAAGCUAACAUUUGUGUAAUGUAUUUGUAUAAUGGAACAGGCAAAUCAAAGCCUGACUAAUCCACUUUAACAAUUUUCUUUUACAUAACGGCAUCAAAAGCCAAAGUACAGGGCACUUCGGCUUAAUAUUGGAAUAAAUAGGAAGAUUCCACUUUAAACCUGUUUUAAUUAUUGAACAGCUCUCAAAAUUAAAUCACUGACCUGUGAGAAUUUGGUGACCAAACAAAUGCUUGUCAUCAAGGCACAUAUUUGGAGCUCACCUUCCUUUACAUGAAGCUUUUAUGCUCUGCUUAAAGAUGAUCAAAAACACUGCAAGUACAAAGUGAAUGAGCCAAAAUCAUAUAGCCCAUCUAAAGAAUGAAAAGCUGGAUUAUACUGCUGGCUGUUGUAGUCAGCACAUCAGAAACACAAAACCAGGACGUCUGCACCCAAGGGUAUCCUGGCAUCCCUGGCAAUCCUGGGCACAAUGGCAUACCUGGUCGUGAUGGACGUGAUGGUUCAAAAGGCGACAAGGGAGAUACAGGUGAAGCAGGACUUCCUGGCAGUCCAGGAAAAGAUGGCGCAAAUGGCGAGAAAGGCGAACGAGGAGCAAAUGGUACUGUUGAAGAGAAGGGGAACAAAGGAGAUAAAGGAGAAAGAGGACGACCUGGGAAACUGGGACCGAAAGGAAUUAUAGGGUCAGUGGGUUACAAGGGUCAGAAGGGAGAGUUGGGACUGCAAGGACAAAAGGGGUUAAAAGGAGACAUUGGGCCCAUAGGUCCAAAAGGGACAAAGGGUGACAUUGGCCAUCCUGGAAGAGUUGGCUUCCCAGGGCCAAUUGGCCCAACUGGUAAUCCAGGUCCUAAAGGUAAUACUGGAGAUCUUGGGCCACAGGGUAAUCCAGGAGUUCAGGGGGAAAGAGGCUUGAAAGGAGACAGAGGGGAUAAGGGGAAUGUAGGUGCCCCAGCAGUCCUACCAAGAAGUGCUUUUAGUGUCGGCCUUACAAUCGCCACCAAAUUUCCCCCUCCAAAUCGCCCGAUCAAGUUUGACAAGGUACUGUACAAUAGUCUAAAUGACUACAACUCAGAUACUGGCAAAUUCACCUGCAAAUACCCCGGUGUUUACUAUUUCACCUACCACAUCACUGUCUACUCAAGGAACGUCCGAGUAGCUCUAGUUAAAAAUGGCAUCAAGAUGCUGCACACCGUGGACAGGUACCAGAGUGGAGAGGACCAGGCUUCGGGAGCUGCCAUCCUGGAGCUACAGGGAGGAGACGAGGUGUGGCUGCAGGCUCACCACGGAGAGACUUUCAAUGGGCUGUUUGCAGAUGCUGAUGAUGAUACCACCUUCUCUGGGUUCCUCCUGUUCAGCACCUCCGACCUGUUGGAGCCGCUGCCAUCGCCCACCACAUAACUCCAUGUUAUCUGGGAAUACAAUGUGUCUCUGUCCUUCAGCCCUCCCUAAUAAAGUUAUCUGCUGUCCA